GAACGCGCCCAGCUGUCGGUCAAUCAGGGCUGCCCGCGUCGCCCGUUUCCCUGACAACAAGGCUCAGUCCGUUCACCUGAGUCCGUGUGACGUCAUUAAAAUGUAUACAUUAGCUCCACCCACCUGCGUUCACCUGUCACCUGUUUUUUUAAAAAGUUGUUUAUUUCUACGUGACGUGUCUGUGGCUUCCGGCAGCGCGCGGGGCUGUCAGGAAAUCAGGUGAGGCGGAAGUGAAGUGAAGUGAGGAGAGAGCCUCGCGCAGUUCACCUGUCCGCAGGUAAACACCCGAACAGACGGAGAACCGGAAGAGCGGACGAAAAUGAGUAACCCCAUCCCGUCCAACCUGAAGUCUGAGGCCAAGAAAGCCGCCAAGAUCCUGAGAGACUUCACGGAGAUCUCCAACAGGAACGGACCGGACAAACUCAUCCCCGCUCAUGUGAUCGCGAAGGCCGAGGGUCUGGCCAUCAUCUCGGUCAUCAAGGCCGGCUUCAUGAUCACCGCUCGAGGAGGAAGCGGCAUCGUCAUCGCCAGACUGGCUGACAGACGCUGGUCAGCACCUUCAGCCAUCGGCAUCGCCGGCCUGGGAGGAGGCUUCGAGAUCGGGGUGGAGGUGUCAGACCUGGUGAUCAUCCUGAACCAGCGCAGGGCCAUCGAGGCCUUCACGAAGGGCGGGAACCUGACGCUGGGCGGGAACUGCACGGUUGCUGUGGGACCGAUGGGCAGGAAUGUGGAGGCUGACGUGGCUCUUCGCAGCACGGCGGCGGUCUUCACGUACUGCAGGUCCAGAGGUUUGUUUGCCGGGAUUUCUCUGGAGGGAUCUUACCUGAUCGAACGCAAAGAAACCAACCGCAAGUUCUACUCCCAAGACAUCCGGGCGUCUGCCAUUUUGAACGGGGACGUGCAGCCUCCGUCCGAAUGCUACGACCUCUACCACAUCCUGGACGCCUACGCCGAGGCCUACACGGCGGACUGGACCGCCAAGAACAUGCACGCCAGGUCGUCUCUUGUUCCAUCCAGACCGGCUCCACCGAAGCAGAAACCGGCAACCAGCUAUCAGCAACCGGCAACCAGCUAUCAGCAACCGGCAACCAGCUAUCAGGAAGCAUCAGCGAGCUCGGGUAGGAAGCUCUACCCGAGCAUCUCCGUCUACAAGUCUGACACCUCAGGUCAGUUUGCUGCUCCAAACUACGGUGGAGGUGCAUCAGUGGGCGGAGCCAGUGGACAGCUGGUUGCCACGGCGAACCACCCGUUCACUGGUCAACAGCCCGGUGACCUGAGCUUCGUCCCCGGUGACCGCAUCACCGUCAUCACUAAGACUGACUCGCAGUACGACUGGUGGGAGGGACAACUGGACAAUGGGCAGGUGGGGAUCUUCCCUGCCAACUUCGUCACCUACUGAUGCUGGUGACCGUCGCCCUCUGGUGGCCUGGUCGAGGUACUGCAGCUACAGCGCUUUAUACGGGAAGCAGAGAGGGUCAAAUCAAGGAAUACUUUUGGUUUUGGGUAACACUUCAGAGUCGUUCAGCAGCAGAUGAGUCGAUAAUGAAAACAAUGAGUCACUUUAUGUUUCUUUAAGGAUCAUCAAAUGUAAAUAUUGAUUUAUUAUUAUUAAUAUUUCAUCUCCUCGAUCCUCGAAGUUGAAUCUGAAAAAUUGGAAGAUGUUUUAAGGAGUCUGGAUCAAAGCAUAACGACUUUUAUUAAUAUGAAUAUAAGUAGAUAAAUAUUCCUUUUUCAGUUCAUUUAUUGUUUUAUUAGUUUAUUGAUCUUUGCCUUUAACAUAUUUCACGUUGGUGUCACUCAAACACUUUUCUAACUGCACCAUGUUAUGUCUUUAGAGAUGUUGUUACUCACUGAAGUUCUUCACGUUAUGUUCAAACAGUAUUUCGAGUUUCUGUUACCGCCUUCCAAACAGGAUGUGUGCAUAUUUUAUUAUAGACUUAAUGUGUAAUGAUGAAGAUGAUUUUUUAAAGAUGACUCUAUCCUGUCAGCUAGUUUCACUUUGUUUUAGGAUGAAAAAUAAAAGUAAUUUAUCAAAA